AUGGCUGACAACACCGACCCUCGAGCGGAGUACAAGGACUUCUACACCGAGGACCUAAACCUGACGGACAGCACCAAGAAUGUCCUGAUCAAUUAUAGCAAGAUCCCGGCAGACAAGCUUGAACGUCAUGUCAAACAGAUUCGAGAAAAGGCAUGGGCAAUCCAUCCAUAUCCAUGCAUAGGCAUGUUUCGCUUCAUUCAACUCGCAAUCGGCCAACACGCACUCUACAAAAAGGAGAUCCUGCCACGAAUGCUGACGGGACAACAAAACUAUCUCGACCUCGGCUGUGCAUUUGCCCAAGACGUCCGCCGUCUCGUUGCUGACGGCGUGCCGAGUGAUCACUGCUAUGGAUCUGAUUUGCGGUUGGACUUCCUAGAGCUGGGCUACGAAUUAUUCAACGAUCGGGGCUCGUUGAAAAGCAGAUUCAUCGAAGCUGAUAUCUUCGAUGCUGAUAGUCCGUUGAAGGAGCUGUAUGGUACGAUCGAUAUCAUGGAUGCUUCAUCUUUCUUCCACCUCUUUAGUUACGACGAGCAGAAAGCCGUGGCGAGGUCGACGAUCAAGCUCCUACGUCCUCAGAAGGAUAGUCUGGUUGUUGGACGACAAGUAGGCGUUGAUGAACCAGGCGACUAUACUCGACGGCUGGGCACGGGAUCAAUGUAUCGACACAAUAUCGAUUCGUGGCGGAAGAUGUGGGACGAGGUUGGCGGAGAAGUUGGAGUGAAGUUCCAUAUUGAUGGUGUUUUGAGGGAGGUUGACCUGAGUUCAAGGAAGCAUGUACCUUCCGGCCCGCGGACUGGGAAGAUGAUGGAAUUCAGUGUCAGGAGGCUUGGGUAG